UGAGCCUCGGCUGUAGGGAUUCCAGAGCUGGUCAGCAAGUGUGGACGCCCACCAGCGCUUUUAUUGACCUCCGGGGUAUAAGGAGGUAUCCCAGCAUACCUUAUAAGCCUCUCUGGUAAUCAUGCACACUCCACUGCCCUGGGCUCAGCUGACCCCACCUUUAAAUGCCCCGGGAAUUUUAAAAAUCCCCUUCCUGUUUGCUCAGCCAGGUGUGGAGUGCAAUCAAUCAAUCAAUCAAUCAGUGACCAUGCCUCCAUGCCCCAGACGAGCCCCAGCAUGGAACAGUUCCGAGCUGCAGGACCUCAUCAGUGUUUGGGGUGAGGAAGCUGUGCAAGCACAGCUGCACUCCAGCCGGAGAAAUUAUGAUACCUAUGGGCAGAUAUCACAGUCCUUGCUGCUAAGGGGCCAUGAACGGGACGCGUUGCAGUGCAGGGUAAAAAUUAAGGAGCUGCGCCCUGCCUAUUGCAAAGCCCGUGAGGGAACUCGCCGCUCAGGAGCUGCCCCCACAACCUGCCAUUUUUACAAGGAGCUGGAUGCCAUACUUGGGUGUGACCCCACUGCCAAUCCUAGGAGCACGAUGGAGAGUUCACAGCAGGGAGAAAUGGGGGAGGGUGUAGAGGAAGCCGAGAGUCAGGCUACUGGGGUGGAGGGAGACACCCCGGAGUCCCAGGAGGCAUGCAGCCAGGAGCUCUUCUCAAGCCAGGAGGAGGCUAGCCAGUCGCAGCAGCUGGAAGUUGCUGGUGAGGAAGAAGCUGAGGAGCAUGCUCGGGUGACCUUGACUAAUGCAGCCGGAUCACCGGCCUCACGUCGCUUGCAGAACUUGAGAAAAAAUCCACGAAAAUCAAAAGAGGAGUUGAUCAAAGCAGUUAUGAAUCACUACAACAGAGAAAGUAGGAAGACGCAGGAAUGGAGAGAGAAAAUGUAUGAGUGAAGGCAAACAGAAAGCAGGAGAAAGGAAUUGGCUACCAAAAAAACCUCAAAGCACAUGAUAAGCCUCCUGGCUCUCCAAACUGACUCUUUCGAGUCUCUCGUAGCCAUGCAGGCAGAUCUGUACCGUGGUAACCCACACCCCUCCCAAAGCUCUCUUUCUUGUUCCCCAGUAUUUGCACAAAACACCAAUCUCCAGCAGCCAGUUUCUUAUUACCUCCAGCUGCCCCCAACACCUGUACGAUCACCUACCAGCCCUGAUAACUACAAUUCUUACCCUGUGCACUCCACCCCCAUUACUCUGCAGCAUAGUAAUCCUGAAGUGCAGCAGACAUUGAACAGUAAUCCAAACAGGACAUAUUCAAACCUCUGAAUGUACAGUCCACCACCCUAACCCCCCUGGCCUUUUAUGUACUGUACUUUGAAUAAAGGAUUUUAUGGCUUUUACAAUACGUUUUAUUAUUGCAGGAAGUGGUAAAUAUUGUACCCCAAGGUAGAAAGGAGCACAGCAAAGGCACCAAACAUUACUGUUGGCUCUCAGCAUCAAAUUGCUCCCUUAAGGCAUCCCUAAUCCUUGA